AUGUGGGUACUUGGUCUCCACAAAGUCCAUGGAGAAGAGAGCAUUGUAGUGCUCUUGGUACAUGGGGAGUUCUCUUCCUCCUCUUGUGGCUCAACUCCUCCAUGGUUCAUCUUGGUUCUCUCUUGCUCACUUCAUCAACCAAUUGUUCACCUCUUCUCCUUCCUCUUCACUCUCAGUCUCAUCACUUCCUUCUUCACUUGGAGAACCAUUUCCCUCCUCUUGAACAAGGUUCACUCCAAUCUCAAACUCCCCUUGCUCACUCUCACUACUAAUGGGUCAUUCCUCUUCUUGGUUCUCCUCUCCUCCCUCAAUCUCUCACUCUCAGACUUCCUCAGAGUAGACAUAUCCUCUGCAUCAGAUUCUUCCAUCCUCUGA